UCCAGCUGUGUGUAGCGACGGUUCGGACGACAACACCCGACACUAAUGUCCCCGUUUCUAACGGGACUUUCGGUCUAAGUGGAUCCAAGCAGCGGAGCCCGGUGGACCGACAACCUCUCUGACGGCGGAUGCCGCUCACGGGGCGGAAUUCUGCCCGGAGGAGGAGAAAAACCACGGAUGAGACGGAGCGACCCGGGGAGUCCGCUUCUGCUCAGGUGAUGGCGCCCACACGGAUGAAACUGCGUGCGCGUCGGCGUGAUAAUGCUGGGGCUGCAGCAGGAGGCGAUCAGCCGGAAGAAGAAGAGCAGAGGAGGCGACGAGAGAGCGGCGGCCGCAGCAGCCGGAGGAAGAACACCAACAACGCUUCGACCACAGCUGCUGCUGCCGCCUCCUCCUCGUCUCCUCCCUCCUCCUCCGCCCCCUCGGCACCAGCGAGGGCAGCGAUAGCGGUGGCGGAGGAGGCGUCGCCUGACUCCAAGUGCCCGAUAUGUCUGGACCGCUUCAACAAUCUGGCGUACCUGGACCGCUGCCUGCACCGCUUCUGCUUCCCCUGCAUCCAGGAGUGGUCGCACAACAAGGCCGAGUGCCCGCUCUGCAAGCAGCCCUUCGCCUCCAUCCUGCACUCAGUCCGCGCCGAGGACGACUUCAAGGAGUAUACGCUGCGGCCGGCGCCAGCCAACAGCAGCGUCGCUGCCACGGUGGCGAUGGUGGCGGCGAUGGCUUCGGCCGCGAGGAGCGACCACCAGAUGCGGCUGAUGCUGAGGAGGCACAGAGUGGCAGACGGCGGAGAGACGACCACGAGGAGGCGGAGGAGGGAGAGGGGAGGAGUUGGAGGUAGGAGGGCGGGGGAGAGGACGGGGGUGUGGGAGUGGUACCUGGAUUCCCCUCCUCUUGCUUUUCCUCCUCUUCCUCACCAUCCUGCCGUCUCUCCCGUCGUUGCAGAGGACAGCGAGGAGGGAGAAGACCUGGAGGAGCAGAGGAGGAGGGGUGGGCCUGAUCUGGCGGAGCGUGGGGUCAUAUUUGAGGGACUGACUGGACUCGGGGGGGCGGCGGCCCCCGCGGCCCCCAACGACCGGGCGUCUCGGCGGCUGAUAACUCGCCUGGUUGCGAGGCAGCGGCUGCAGCGAGAAGGUGGAACUGUGCGGCGGCUGAGGGAGAGAGAGACGGUGGCCUUUCGCCGGGCCCUCUACCGGAGCGGCAUACGGGUCCGCAGCGUGGCCGGGGUUGAUAACCAGGGGCAGCAGCGUGACAUCACAGCGGAGAGCUUCCGCCGGAACCCCACCUACCUGAAUAGACUCCGCCCCUGGCUGCGGCGGGAGCUCACCGUAUUGUAUGGUGCGCAUGGCUCGCUAGUCGACAUCGUCCAGCGCAUCAUCAUGGCAAGGCUGGCCCGCCACGGCCUGGAGGACACACCCACCAUAGAAGAAGAGCUGCGGCCGUUCCUGUUGGCCCGCACCGACCACUUCCUGCAUGAACUGGUCAGCUUCGCCCGUUCUCCGCUUAGCCUUGAAGACUACGACCUGCAGGUGGUGUACGAGCCGCCAGCCGCCGCCCUGGAGCUGGACGGGAUGAGCAGCUCCAGCGACAGCAGCUCCGUCAUCGCCAUUUCAGAGGGCGAGGAAGAGGAGAGGCCGGCGGGAGGAAGAUCAGAGACGAGGCUGCAGGGGUGGGCGGCGGACACUCAUGAUGAAGUCAUCCAAACAGAAAACUGCCUCAGCCUGUCAGCCUGGGAUGACGAGACGCCAGGCCCCUCCUACUCCACCGCCAAGCCUUCCUGUUUGCUCGCCGCUCAGGAGGCAGCCAAUGAGGAGAGAGGAGAGAAGAGGGGGGAGGAGGGGGAGGAGGAGUGUCUGAUUGUCGGAUACAAGAAGCCGAUAGCAGAGCGGACUCCUGAACUGGUGCAACUCUCCUCUGACACCGAGGAAGAGGAGGGGAAGAAGAAGAAGGAGGAGGAGCAGGAGAAGAUGGCUGAAAAGCCUCCUCCCCUCCCCUCCACCACUCCUCCCCUGUCUUACCUACCCACAAUCCCUCCCUCUACGUCAGGUGCCUACAUAGAUGAGCAGGGCAACAAUGUGAAUGAGAAAGAUGGCGCGGCGGGCGGACACCGCUCGCGUGCGCACUCCUGGUCAUGCAGCUCGGGGAGAAGCGGGAACUCGGUGUGCACGCUCAGCCCAGUGACGCCCAGAGAGAGCAAGCGGCAGCGGGAGAGAGAGAGCUGGAGGGACAGGAAGCAGUCUGGCAGCGAGGUGGCGAGGGAGAAGAAGAGGAGGAGGAAGAAGAGGAAGAGGGGGCGGGAGAAGAAGAGCGGCACCCUGUACAACCCAAAUCGCUCCAUUUAUCCCGCCAUGAUGCGUCACCGCUCCCGCUCCUCCUCACCGUUUCACUCCAGCGUAGAGUCCGGCUCGCCGCUGCCGCCCAGCCCGGCCGACUCCAGCUGGGAGUACCACUGCUCUCAGGUUUCCCCUCUCACCUCCUCCGUCUCCUCCCCCUCACGCUCCUCCUCCUCUUCCUCCUCUCUCCUCUGUUCCUCCCCACAGGCGUCUUCACAGACGCCGCCAACUCCCUCGCUCUCCCCCAGCGAUCGCAACAACGCUCACCACGGAGAAAAACCCGGCGGGAAGAGGAAGUACAAGAGCCGCCACCUGGACAGCGAUGACAAAGACCCCACCUGGAGGCCCUGCAGCAGCCACCCCAGGGAGAGGAGGAGGGAGCCGGGGGACAAGGAGAGGAGGAGGAGGAGGGAGAGGGAAGGAGGGCGGAGAAGAGAGAGGCAGAGGAGGGACGCUCACAGGGAGGGCGGCGGGGACAGCAGCAGCAAGAGGUGCCGAGAAGACCGGAGUCCCAGCGUGGAGAUCAUCUAUGAGGGCACCUUCAUCUCUAACGAGACGCAAUCCCCCGCCCGCAAACGCCGCAGGAAACGACACCGCAAGGCACAACAGAGCAGUUCUCCGGUCAUCAUUACCCUCGACAGCGACAGCAGCCGCGACGUCGGGAACAACAAACAUGGCGGCGGCAGCAGCAGCAGCAGCCCACUCAGCAGCCAGCAGACCGUCGAUUUCUCAGACCUUCCUCCUCUCCCAUUGGUGCAUUCUUCCGGUGUGGGCGGAGCCUUGAAUGCAGAAAUUGGCGAGCUUCCUGUUGACAUCCUGGACCGAGCAUCUGACGGGUCAGAGACCGAGCCGGCCGGCCGACUUGAGGCCACAGGCCCCAUCGCCAUUGACAACAGCGACAACAGUGAACAUGAUGUGGACGUGGAAAACAUUGAAGAGAGCGGCUCACUGCUGCGAUUGGAUGGUGAUAAAGGACCAAUGAGAGAGGCUGAUCCAAAGGCAACUACUGCUGUUAGUCAGAGGGAAGCGAGGACUGUGGGCUGUGGCUUUCAGCCAACAGGAGAGAGCGAUGCUGCCCCCAUGUCAACAGAUCUGGUUCGCAAAAGAGCCUCUGAGGUCUUGACUUCCGACAGCUGUCUGCUAGCAACCAUUCUUAAUGACCUGAAGGAAAUCGGCGCACCUAAAUGUGACCCUUCUUUGAACCUUCAGCCCAGUUGCUCAUCUGACAGCAGGAAAAAGCGUCUUAUGGAUCAGUGUCAGGUCAGUCGAGCUCGUUCAAACCAGGACGGCUGGUUGACUGAGACAACACAUCCCAACCCGAGUUUGCCUGAGGAGCGACAGUCUAACAACAUCGGGGAUAAAAAUCAGGGCUUUGAGUUUGCACCAUUUCGCACCUCCAUCCCCCCGCUACCUCCUCUUGAGAGGCUAAAGGAGUGCAGGUUCAGAGAGGAGGGCAAGGACAUCCCUCCACUCCUGAAACAGGCCAUCCCUGUUGGAUCGCACAACAGAAACGUGCCACCACCAUUAAAACACAAAGAUGCUGGGAGUCCACAUGUGUCUCCCAUCUCUCCCAUUGACCUGCACUCACCUCAAGCCUCUGUUGACCCUGACCCAGUUGUUUUAAAUUCUCAUGCAGACCUCAAUUUAAAUGCCACCAUCUCCCCCACUGACUCUUGUUUGGGUUCUGAUCUGCCCAAAGAUAACGAGACCAUCCCUCCCAUUUCAUCGCUGAAGAGAAAUUUCACGAGUGCUUUGGCACUGAGAGAAGAGCUGGCCUCUAGUAGUGGCAUUCCAGCUGUUGAAAUGCAUUCCUCCUGUCACUUAGCACCCACUGACUUCCAUUCAGCUGCUCCUUCUAAAGGUGAAGCAUUGACCACUGGCAUCAAUUCCAUGAGUCAGAAACCUCCCAUUGAUUUCCAUUCUUUAUCUUGGUCUGAAAAUAGUUCCACAAGUGCUGAUUGCUUACCACAUCGGGACUUCAAUUCUAUUCGUUCUUCAAAGUUACAUUCUGGCUGUGAUAGCUCAAAGGAAAUAUCUUCUGGUCCUACACUGCAUCCUGUGAAUUCUUCAUCUCCCAUUGAUUUACAUUCAGCCAAGACUGGCUGUUCCAGAGACAAGCCAGCGAACACUGACUCUACAUCUAGAGGUUGCAGGAAUAAGACUCAAAGCCCAAUUUUCUGGCGGGUAGCACCCAUUGACCUCCAUCCUUCCAGCAGUGCUUCUGCUGAUGGCACACAGGCAGGUAGUGACGUUUUCUCAGGAGCUAACUGUAACGACACAUCACCUCUUGUUUUUGCUUCAUCUAUUGAUUCUAGGACUCAGAAUCCCUCCUCACCCAUUGACCUCCACUUUUCCGGUAAGAGAGAGAACCUGUCAGAAAGGCUUUCACCCUCUAGAGUUAGCGCAGUGCCAACAACAGCUCUCAGCGGCAGGUUGUCACCCAUUGACAUGCAUCCUAGAAGUCCCAAAUCUACCGUUGACAUCCACUCUUCCAGUGCAGCUUCAGAAGGACUGACAAACAACAAGGCAUUGCCAAGAGUCAAUAAUGAGGAAAGACUGCCUCAUGGUUACCUGCCACCCACUGAUUUGUAUUGUAAAAGUCCUGUGCCGCCCGCUAACGUACAUUCUUCUACCUUUGUCAGCACUAUGAUUGACCAACACUUGAACCACACAGCCUUAUCCUCCUCUACCUUCCAAACGUCACACAGAAAGGGCAAUUCUCUGUGUGAACAUACAGUUGAAUCCCACUCAAAACUUACCCACCACACUGACUCUGAUUCAGAACCUGACAACCACUUUGAUCCCACUUCCAACUCACUGUUCCACAUUGACACCUAUUCAAAACGCAAUCUCUCUGUUGACACUCGACGUGAAUCUCAGCCCGUUGACUCUAAUUCGAAAAACUCGUUGCUGGGAGCUGAAAGUCUCUCAGACAAUCACAUUACGCCUUGCACCCAGUCUAAUGAGAACCAGUGGAACUCAAACUCCCCCAUAGACGCCCAUUCAGACUCUCAGUCGCCCAUAGACGAACGGUCAACCAGCAGCGUCUGGAAUACACACACACAUGCCUGAAAUGAAAGAGAUUUUGAAGACUUCAUGAAGAAAAUAUUAAGACAAGACUGCUGUUUUUUUUUUACCUGUUACUAUUUUUGUUUAAUUGUGUAUUAGACAAAUUGUGUUGAUUUAAAAUGUAACCUCUUUCUUCCCUUUUCAUCCCUGUGGCCAAGUUCUAAUGCUGUUUGAAGCUGUGUCUAUAUGUAAGGAAUAUAAUUGAAAUAAUCAUUUUCAAAUGUGACUUUUGGUAGUUUUUUUUUUUUUUUUUUUCCUGGAGCUGGGGUAAUGAGAACAUUUGGACGAAUCAAUAUAUUGGGUCACAAGUACUAGCAUAUAAUUUAUAUUUUAGAAUUUUAUAUUAUAAUUUUAAUUGGCACAUCAUCUGUCAUUUCUGAUGGAACAGAGGGGAACAAUAAAGCAAAGCAUUAAGUUGAUAAAAUUAGGUUUGAAACAGUGAUUUGAUUGUUUAAAUGGGAUUUUCAAGUAGGGAAUUUUACUUAGGGGAUGAUAAAUGAAAUGCAAAAUGAUUUUGUUAGUUUCAUGGUCAUAAUGAUAAAUAUUAAUUAACUGAUGAGUGGUCCCAGCCUAAGUUGAUGAAAAGUGUUAAAGUCCACCCGCUCCAGCUGGCAGAAACAUUAAAGGACUGUUCCAGAGCGA